AUGAGCCCAAAGCACGGGGCACUCAGGGGUGACACGCGCGACGGCGCGUAUGCGGAAGCAGCCCCUGCCACUGGUCACGAAAGGGUCAGUGAGCAUGAAGAUUAUGAAGAGAAGAGCAAGCAAGGUGUUGCCCAUGCGGUGGACAAUGCUGUCACCAGGAGCGGCGACGCGUCCGAACUCCUGGUGUCGAUGACAGGGAUAACCGGACGUCUGGAUAGGCUUGAGGAGUCACAGACAAGGUUGAUAAAAGCUGAGGAAGGGCGUGGAAGACAUAGGGACGCGCCUAUGACUCCGCCUAGAAUUCAUGUUUGUUUGUUUCGGCUUUGGGAAGUGGAACAAGAAUGCACAUGGACAACUUGGAAGGGUCCAAUGAUGCGCCGGUAUUUACUCCGAGGAGACCGGUUGAAGGGCAGAUGUCGUUUGGUGCUGGACAGCCCGAAUAUAAUGGACCCAGCCAGGACGUUCGCGGUCAAGUUGCACCAGGACUUGGAAUUCCUGAUAUGUUGCCCCAAGCUGGAGGACAUGGGUACAUGCAACAUCCCGACUUAA